AUGGGCGACCAGGGCGAGGGUCGCCCCGUGUCGCAGGGCGACCAGAGCGUGAGUCGGCCCAUGUCGGCGGGCGGGCGGCGGAAACCCCCCGCGGAAGGGGGCGGGGAGGUGUCGGAGCUGAUGGCGCGCUUUCAGAGGCACAAGCAGAGCACCAAGGACCCCUCAGGCCCGUCCUCGCCCCUCGCCACCCUCCGCGCCUCCCCCUCCAGCCCCUCCUCGCUCCCCCUCAACCGCUCCUCCAGCUGCGCCCUCCCCUUCUCCGCCACUGGGGGGGCCGCCAGCGCGCCUGCGCUCCCCUCGUCCCCCUCCUCCUCCGCCUCUUCCGCCUCCUCCACUCCCAAGCGGCGUUCCAGAGCUGCAGCAGCUGCGGCUGCUGCUGGUGGCGGUGCUGCUGCUGGAGCUGGGGCUGGGGAGGCAGGGGCGGAGCAGGUGCAGCUGCCAUCCCCAUCCGCUCUGCAGAAGGAGGCGUUGGAGGAGAUGCGGGUGGAGGUGGAGUCACUUCGGGCCGAGCUGGCCCGGUGGCAGGGCCGGUGCGAGGAGGGCGAGAGAACCUUCGAGUCGACUCAAAAGGCAUUACGAGCAGAAGUGGCGGAGUGGCAGGGGAAGUGCGAGGAGGAGGAGAGGCAGCGAGGAGAAGAGCAGAGUCGCAGAGAAGCUGCUGAGGCAAGCCUUGAGACCGCCAGAACUGGCGCUGCUGCAGCCGGGGAGGCGGAAGGAGGUGUGGUGGGAGGUAGUGGGGAGGAGGAGAGGAGCGAGCGGGGCGAGAGGAGGAAGAGGAGGGAGAGAGAGGCGAGCCUAGAGGCCCGAGUGAAGGAGCUUGAGGAGCAGGUGAGAGUUGCAGAGGCUGCACUGGUGGAGGCGAGUGAGCGGGCAGAGAAGGCUGUGAGGGAGCGAGAGGAGGGGGAGAAGAGGGCGGUUCAGGUGGAGCAGGAGAGGGGGGAGGCGGAGAGGGGUAGGCGAGAGGCGGAGGAGAGAGCUGCAGAGGCAGAGGCACGGGCGGUUGCAGCUGAAAAGAAGGUGGUUGAGUUGGAAGAGAGAGCGGUUGAUUUGGAACAAAAGGUGGUUGAGUUGGAGGAGAAGGUGCGUGAAGCAGAAGGGACUGUGAGUGAAGAAGGCAGGAGGAGGGCUGAGUUGGAACAGAGAGUGGGUGAGGCAGAAGGGAGAGCAGCUGCUGCGGAAUCGCAUGUGAGAGAGAUGGAGGGGAGGCUGGAGCAGGGGGCUCAGGAGGAGAAGAGCAGAGAUGAGAGGGAGAAGGCGAGGAGGGAGGGAGAGAGGGGCGAGUGGGAGGAGGAGAGGAGGGAGAUGGAGAGGAAGUGGGAGGAGGUGAUGCAGGAGGAGGUGGGGAGGAGAGAGGGGAGGAUCAGAGAGCUAGAGGAAAGGCUGAAGGCUCUCAUGCCAGAAUCUCAGGUCCUGCCAUCCGCGUCCGCUGACGAAGAGGAGAGGUCUGGUGCUGUCCCUGCUGACGUGGCGGUCUCGCAGCUGCCUGCUGACGUGGCGGUGCUGCAGCACAAGCUGGAGGUGGCGGUGGGCGAGCUGAAGAGCCUGCGGGCGGCAAAGCGGGCGGCCGAUGCUGAGAUCAGCGACCUGAGGCAGACUCGCGAGGACACCAUCAGGCGAGUGGUGGAGCUCGAAGGGGAGAAGCAAGGCCUGGAGCUAGAGUUGGAAGAGCUAGUAAACGAGCUAUUGAGGGAGCAGGAGCUGGCAGCGGAGGCGGGCAUGGUGGCGGAGCAGGAGUGGCAGCGCCGCCAGGAGGCCGUCAGGGCGCUCGUGCAGCUUGAGAGGCAGCUCAACAGCGCUGGUGCCGCUGCUGGGGAGAACACCUUAGCAGCGGCUGGUUACCAGGUUACGAAUGAGUUGGGGCAGGCUGUGGUGUCUCCCCCUGGGGGGCUGGAGCCGGCAGCAGCGGCGGCGGCGGCGGCAGCAGCAGGAGGGCCGUACCUCAGGAGAGGCCAAUCCGACGUGUCAGCCUUUCACAGGCGGAUUCCCAGCGGCUCCUCCUCCUUCAAGUUCCAGCAACAGCAGCAGCAGCAGCAAGGGCCACUUAACCCCGCCCUUCUUGCAGACAGCCCAGACAUGGAAUCUGAUUUCCUGGGCACCAAGCUCCCCGAGAUCAAGCGCCGCCUGGAAGCAGCCGCCAUCUCGCCCGCCCCCACGCCCUCCUCCUGCCCCUCCCGCGGGCAGCCCGGGCAGGUCGGGCAGGUUGGGAAGCCUGGGCACCGGAUUUCUCGGUCAGGCUCGUUCAGUGCCACGGCGGCUGCUGCGGUGGCUGCUGCGUUUGCAGGCACAGGGACGCUUGCUGCUGCUAGAGCCAGGGCGGGGCAGCAGGUGGAGGUGUGGCGGCACCAGGCAGUGUUCAUUCACGUGUUGCUGCAGCUGGCCCAGCGGGCUGUGGAGCGCAGUGAAGACGCUGCUGCCGCUGCCGAGGCUGUUCUGUCCGCUACAGCACGAGCCGAGGCUGAGAUGCGCGAGUGGGAGGUGGAGCGCCAUCUCUCGUCUGUGUUCGGCGAGAUUCGGCUGUUUAUGCGGCAGCAGGGGGUGGAGCCGGUGCGGCGGCAGGGGGCGGGCGGGGGAGGGAAAGGCGUGGGGGGUGAGGGAGGUGGGACUGGGGGAGGUGGUAUGUCUACGACUACAGGGCACACCCCUAGGGACCUGGCGCAGGUUCGGGACGAUCUGAAGGUUCUGGUUGGGGCGGUGGAGGCUCGGGCACGGGCAGCUGCGGUGAAAGAGAUAGGCGUGGGGGGUGUGAAGGAACGGCCGAGCCUGGUCGUGGGCGCAGCAGUCCCCGGGAGCAAGUCAAGCAGUGGGAUUCCAGAGAAUGGAACCCUAGAGGAUGAAGCUGCAGACGAUGAGGAUCCGUCCACCUUCCUCACAGUGCCGCUCACACCCAUGCGCUCGCCCAUCAUUCGAAUGACCCGUAGCUCCUCACUCCUCUCCCCCUCCCCCUUCUCCUCCCUCUCCCACCCGUCUCCCUACUCCUCCCUUCCCAACUCCUCUCCCUACUCGUCACUCACCCAAGCCUCCCCCUUCACUUCUAAUCUGCCCCCUUUCGCCCGUUCCUCCUCCACCACCGCGCCUCCCUCCCACAAGCCUGCAUUCUCGCACUCCCCGUCUCUCACCUCUCCCGCCCCCAGCCUCUCCCCUGCUGCUCUUGCCACUCGUGGCAGCGGCGCCGCAGCGACUGUUGCUGGUGCAGAGAGGGAGGGGGAGAGGGAUGGGGAGAAGGAGGUGGAUGGGGUGACAGUGGUGGCUGCUCCUGUUGACUUGCCUGAACUGGUGGUGGUGGAAGAGGGAGAGGGUACCGGAGCGGUGGAGGGAGAAGGAAAGGAAGAGAGAGAUGGCGAGAUCAUGGAUGGGCGAAAGAAAGGAGAGGACGGAUCAACCACAGAUGCAGCAGGAGUUGCAGCAUUAGAGGAAGAAAAGUCCGCAGGAGGGGCAGCGAGUGGGGCAGGUGCAGAAGGGGACAAGGAGGCGAAGGCAGUGAGGACUGAGGCAGAAACUGGUGUACAAUCAGAUGCUUCAGCAGCACAGCUUGACCCAUCGAGUGUGGCGGCAUCUGACAGUGAAGCGUCUGGCAGUGCAGCUGCAGUCAGGGCUGCUGCGUCUGGUGUGGCAGUGCUGCCACCUAAAAGCCCCAUUGCGCACGCCCCACUAGGUGCGACUCAAGCCACCCCACCAGCUGCAGCAGCUGCCACCGCAGGUCCGAACCUCUUGGCCAAAUCGCUCUCUGCUGGUGCGCCACCUGCCACUGCUGCUCAGACCCCCUUGCCCAAAUCGCUCUCUGCUACUGAACAGCAGCAGCAGCAGCAGCAGCAGCAGCAGCAGCAGCGGCAGAAGCGGCAGGAGCGGCAGGAGCGGCGUAAGCAGGUGCAGCAGCUGCAGCAGCAGCAGGCAGCUCUAGAGCACCAGGUGGUGCUGCUGCAGCGGCAGGAGCAGGCGCUGCUGCAGCAGGCAGAGGAGGUGGCAGAGGAGGCAGCACAGGAGGCGAGGCGGGUGGGCGUGCAGCAGCAAGUGGUGUUAGAUGUGGAAGGGCAGGUGGCUGCUGUUCGAGACACCAUGGCGUUCCUCCUGAGAGACUUGCAGGAACGUGGGGGAGAGGGAGGAGAGGCGGGGUUACUGGAGCAAGCUGUGGAAGACGGGGAGCAGCGACUGAUGGCGGCACAGCAGCAACAAGUGGUGCUGGACGUUGAAGGGCAGGUGGCUGCUAUCCGAGACACCAUGGCGUUCCUCUUGAGAGACCUGCAGGAACGUGGGGAUGGGAGGGGAGCAGGGGAGGGAGGGGGAGAGGGGGGAGAGGCGGGGUUGUUGCAGCAGGCUGUGGAAGAUGGGGAGCAGCGACUGAUGGACGCACAGCAGGUAAGGCUUUUUUCUUAG